AUGGGGUGCAAAGAAAGUUCUUUGCGUUCCCCGGAUGUGAAAAAAAAGGACGAUGAGCUCGAAGCGAAGAAGGCGGGAGGCAAACCAGUAGGAACGGAGGCUCCCAUAAAUUUGGAUGGCGAUUCCAGCAAUAAUGCGUCACUUUCCAAAUUAUUGCCUUUAAAUGGUAGAACGCGCUCUCCAUUAUUGGAGCGCCCGCAUGGGAGUUUUGAAUUGUUUACACAUGAGCCGUUGUUGGAUGGGAGAGAAGCCCCCAAUGAUAUGCAACUUGUUUCCUUUCUGGCGAAUGAGGAUAACGGCUUUCGCAUGGACGACGAAUACUUUUUACCGUCGGAUAGCGGCACCUCCACUCCACUAUUAUUUCGUAUUGAACCCCUACGCCGAGCUCAGACGGGAGAAGGCACAUGGGAGUGGUGGUACGACCAGGUGGAAAACUUGCGUAUAACAAAAGAUAAUAGCUCUCGUGCGAGAUUGCAAGACAUUCCAAAUCGCCUCACGCGGCAAUAUGAUGCAAAGAAGGAUCAGGUCGAGCUGGACCUGGGCUGGUGCUAUAUGGAGCGUUCUGCUCCAUACGUUCUUGGACGUCUUUUUGUUAGUCCCUACCUGCGUGAAAUACGGUGGGUGACGUCACUUCGACUUGAUGGCAAUUACUUCACUGAUGAUGGAUUUGGCAACAUGCUUGCGGUGAUGGGGGUGGCAAACGAAAGUAAGACUGUUUUCCCUCUCUUGAAAAAUUUAUACCUUAACAACAUGAAUCUCGACCACUGUAGUGUUUAUGGAAUUCUUUUCUACGUUUUCCCAAUGGAUUUAUCUUGUGCUGCGAGGGGAACUCAGGUGCCAAGAAUCGCAGGACAAGUGGCCGGACUCCCUGCGGAAGCCUACAUGCCAUUUCAUGGUGCGCCACACGCCCCUUUGUUUCCAUCGCUAGAAGUCCUGAGCCUGUGUGAUAACCCGGGUAUAGGCAACAAUGGUUUAGCAGAGAUACUUCGAUGUUUUGUAGCGCCCCACUACGAGCGGCGAACUUUGCCUGUGUUGGAUCUUUCACGCUGCGGGGUUGACGAAGUAGGGGUGGGCUACAUCAAUGAAUACCUCGAGCAGCUCCGAAUAGCAGAUAAGAGAGGAGAUUAUAUUGUUGUUCCAAGACGCGUCGUUCUCUUUGGUAACCGUCACAGCAGCAGCAGUAAGAGCAGUGUCGAUGGAAAUACUGCGGGCAGUGGUGUCACACUUUUAAUGUGA